CCCCACUCUGCCCGCCAUCUCUCCCCCACCUCCCGGGAAUCCCCACGUGCGCGGCGCGGAUCGGUAGGCGGCGGCUCACACGCCCGAGACGCCGGCGGGAGGGGGGAGACGAGACGGAGGCGUGCUGAUUCCAGGAAAGCCGGCGUGAUGAACGCCUUCAGGCUCGCCGGGGACAUGACGCACCUCAUGAGCGUCCUCGUCCUCCUGCUCAAGAUCCACACCAUCAAGUCCUGCGCCGGUGUUUCCUUGAAGACGCAAGAGUUAUAUGCACUUGUUUUUGCCACUCGCUACUUGGACAUGUUUACGGAUUUUAUAUCCCUGUACAAUACAGUCAUGAAGCUGAUUUUCCUAAGUAGCUCAUUCUCAAUUGUUUGGUAUAUGAGGCGCCACAAAUUGGUCCGCAGAUCAUAUGACAAGGAUCAUGACACUUUCCGCCAUCAGUUUCUUGUUCUACCCUGUCUUAUAUUGGCCUUGCUCAUCCAUGAGCAGUUCACUUUCAAGGAGGUAAUGUGGACGUUUUCCAUUUAUCUGGAGGCUGUUGCAAUUCUUCCUCAACUUGUGCUACUGCAGCGUACAAGAAACAUCGACAAUUUAACUGGGCAAUAUGUAUUUUUCCUUGGCGCGUACCGAUCAUUAUACAUUCUCAACUGGAUUUACCGCUACUUCACUGAACCACAUUAUGUACAUUGGAUAACUUGGAUAUCAGGAUUUGUGCAGACAUUAUUGUAUGCAGAUUUCUUUUAUUAUUACCUCAACAGUUGGAAGAACAACGUUAAGCUCACUCUACCAGCUUGACCGCUCGAUUGCUCAAUCGUUAUUUUUGUUGGCAUUGUAUCAUCCAGAAUAUACUAUGUACAUGAGUGAGGUCUACCGUCUACAACAAGGGUGAUGUUAAUUUGUCAACUGGAACAAUUGCAUUUCUGGGUCUAGAGAUUAUAGUCAUGUAUGUUUAGCUUUUGGGAAACGUAGAGAAUAUACUGUACAUGAAAUGGAGAAAAACUUGCUGCAUCAUGGAGAUGAAUAGUUGAUAGAUAUACUUUGC